GCAGCGAGGCCGCCCGGUUCGCGUUCCCGUCGGCGCCGAGCAUGUUCGCUGGGCCGCCGGCUUCCCGAGGGGUCCUGCUGCUGCCGCCGCUCCUGCCGCUGCCGCAGGUGGCGCUGAGCUUCGCGGAAGGCAGCUGCGACCCCUCGGACCAGUGCCCGCCCCAGGCCCGCUGGAGCAGCCUGUGGCACGUGGGGCUCAUCCUGCUCACUGUCCUUCUGCUGCUGCUGUGCGGGGUCACGGCCAGCUGCGUCCGGUUCUGCUGUCUCCGGAAGCGGGCGCACACCCAGCCACACCUGCCACCAGCCCCUCAGCCUUGCGACCUGACGGCCAUCCGCUUGGACAGUGACAGCCCUGUGCACAGCACUGUGACUUCCUACAGCUCCGUGCAGUACCCGCUGAGCACACGGCUGCCCCUGCCCUUUGGGGAGUCGGACCUCGACUUCUUGACCCCUCCUGCCUACAGCCCGCACGCCCCCGACCUGCCACCCUCCUACGAUGAGGCCAUCAGGAUGGCCAAGACCAGACAGGAAGAGCCAGCCCCCUCCCUGGGGCCUCAUGCCUAGAGACUCCUGCAGGCCCCAGGAACUGGACCAUGGUGCCUGGCAACCCUGGCUGUAGCCCUGGUGCCCCCCGGAGGGGACGGGAAAGCCCCCUGAGCCUCCCCCUGCCACCAGCCUCUGUGCUCACAGGGGACUGUGCCAGGGCUCUUGGAGCUGGGGACCCCCAACCCACCCCCACCAUCCUUCCCCCAGGAAGGCCACCAUCCAGCACAGUGCUGCAGCCCUGGCCUCGUUGCUGUGUGACGCUGGGCAGCCGAGCCAGCCAGCCCUGUGUUGGCCACACGCGCGCGCGCACAGGCUGCUACGCUCAGCCCUGGCCCCCGGCCCAGCCUCAGCCCAGAGAAGGCCCCACAGGGCUAAGGGUCUGCUGUGACGUCCGCUGCUUUUUGGGGAGAGAAUAAAGUUGGUACCUAAGUGGUCUCCACACAGAGGAAGGGGCUCGGGGAGGGGCCCUCGGGCAGCCUCCUCCGGCGGCAGGGAGGCGGGCGGGUGCAUGGUCCUCAGCCUGCACCCAGCCUGGCCCUCCCGCUGCUGUCUGCUGUCCCACAGAAGGGACGGGCUGGCCCUGGGAGACCCUCUCCCACCUCCAGCCCCACAUCUUUGCCGUCCCGACGAGGACACCGAGGCACAUGUUAUGGCUGGAGCAUUUAUUCACCCUGGAGUGGGCUGGGGGCGGAUGCGAGCAGCAAGCAGCCUUCCUCCAGGCAGGCCUCCCCCGGACGCGGCGGCUGCUCCUACUGGACCAGCUUGAAGGACUCCCCCGUCAUCAUCGCCUCGAACUCUGAGAGCAGAGGGACCGGCUCCUGGGGCCCGGCCGUCACUCACCCUCGUAGUUGAUGGUCCCGUCCCCACCCUUGUCCGCCUCCUUCGUCAUCUGCUCGGCCUCCACCUCCUUGAGGGGCUCCCCGGCGUUCAUGAGCACGGACCUGCCGCAGCCCCGCGCUGAGUGGCCGCCGGGGGGGCGCCCGCCCCCGACCCACCCCGACGGCCCGGCCCUACUUGAGCAUGUCCCAGUCGAUGCAGGAUGCAGCCCUUGCCUUCCUUGUCGAAAACGCGGAAGGCCACCCUGAGCUCAUGCUCCUGGUUCUGCGCCUUCUCCCGGGACACGCCCAUCAGGGCCAGGAAGCUGUCGUAGCUGAAGAAGCCUUUCUCUGCAGGGAGCAGGCAGCAAGGCCUGGGUGAGGGUGGCACAGCACCCCCCCCCCGCCCAGGGCUGCCCCGGCCGGCCUCACUGUCCCGGUCCACGUCCUUGGCCAUGGAGGCCAGCUCGCUCUUGGUGGGGUUGAUGCCCAGUAGGCCCAUGAGCCACACCAGCUCUCCCGUCUUCACCUGCCCGUUGCCCUCCUCAUCAAACAUCUCAAAGACGCCCCUGUAGUCCUUGAUCUGCUCCGCCGUCAGGCGCUCUGUCUGUGGGGACACGGGCCCAGGCUCACCAGGGGCCCCUCUGCCCUCUGGCCAGGGGAGGCGGGAGGCCCCGGGACAAGGGGCAUGUGCACCCUGCCCCAGCCCACAGCAGGCUUCAGACCGGGCAGCCCAAGUGGUGGCUCUUGAGCAUGGAAGGGGCCCGAGAUGGGGCCAGGCCAGCAGGAGGGCUGCAGUGGACAGCGAGCCCAGGUGAGGGGCGGCACGGGCUUCCAGGGCCCCAGCAUCCCCGAGGGGCGACCCAGCACCUGGCCACCCCUGCCCGGCCACUUCCAAGGCAGCCUAGGAAAGGGCUCUUCUGCCCUGGCCCCCAGAGCAGGCCCGGCAUCUGUGCUGGCAGGGCUGGGCCAUGGGCCCCCCUACCCCGUGCUCUCUGUCCAGCUCCGCUCGGCAUCUUCCUUAGGUUCCCAGAGGGACCCUCAGACCAUCAGGCGCAGCCCCAGCUCCUGCUCGACCCCCCGGCCAGCUCCCUGGGGGCUCUGCGGGGCACCAGGAGCAGCCUUACCAUGUCUGCGGCCAGCUGAGAGGACACUGCACGGGGCCCCCGGAGGUGCUGUGGGCAGACUACAGGGGCAGCGGGGGCAGCCGAGUUUCAGCCGAGCCGGGGGCCUGGGGUCCCUGGGGUCCAGAUUCCAGGAGCCUUGUAUGGGCAGGAGCUCCUGUCGGCUCUAUUUUGGGAGCUGGCCCUUCCUGCCUUCCUUGGCCUGAGCGGCCCCUCACCCCAGGGCUCCCUCUCCCACCCCGGGUCCCAGCCAAGGCCCUCCUGGGCGGCAGCGAGGAGGGACACCGGGGCCCAGGGUGGGGAAGGGGCUGUUCCCUUUUCGCCACAUCAGCCUUCUCCCACCAUCCUGCAGUGGGAGCCCCACAGUCUGUAGCCACCUCUGUGAGAGUUCCCGUCAAAUGGCCCCAUGGCCUGGCGACCCCUCACCCCCCAGGGCCCGGCAGGGGGCUGGCACUCUGCAGGCACCCUCUAAAGCCGGUUCAUCCAGGCCCCCUCUGCGGCCCCCCAUCCCCACCCCCGUACGGUCCAAGGAGAAGCCAGCCGGCCGUGAGCUGGGGCCGGAGCAGACAGGACCAGAGGGCCAUGCUGACCACAGGGAGGCCAUGCCAGGUUCCCCGUGGGCGGUCAGGGGCUAUUCUGGUGUUUCUCAGGGAAACCUGGCCUCCUUCCACUCAGAACAGCAAAGCUGGCUCCUCAGGGAGCCCCCUGGGCGGGCUCUUUAGCAACAAGACACCGCAGCAGCACACGCACCCCUGCACACGUGUGCUCAAACACACACGCGCAUGCACACACACACACACUUGCCCUGUGACCGCCUGAUGAGUCUGAGCAGGUGAGGUGGCCCCCGCCCGGCCAGCCCAGCUGCCAGAAUAUGGAGACGGCGAGGAUGCCUCCCCCCCAGGCCUAGGACAGCUGCUGAGGCCGCAGGAUUUGUGCUGACGGGGACAGAACGGCUCCAGCGGGCACCAGGCCAGCGCCUGGGACAGAGAAGCAGCUCUGGGAGCCCUGCCUUCAUCCUGGCUGCUCCCAGCCUCAGCUUCAGGCUUGUGAUGGUGACAAGAGACCGUCCCACCCUUUCCCUCAAAAAUCCUCAAACCAUUUCAACGGUGCUAGUCACGCCUCUGCACCCAGAGCAUGCGGGAAGAGGAGAGCUGGCGGGGGGCCGCCCGGAGGCGUGGGGGCCCGGGGGCCACCUUUACCUGGCAUCAGCCAGGCUGCGAGCCAGGCGUGGGCUCAAACGCUCGGCCAGGUGCUGCUAUGAACAUGAACUUUUCCAAACGUGCACGACUGCGGCACUGAAAUUAGCAUAAAACUCCUCAGAGAAGGGCACGAACAUACGCUGACCAUCUAUCGUGAACCACACUCUUUGUUCUGUUCUGACUAUUUCUGGGACAGAGCACAUCACAUAAAAUUAGUCAUCUUAACUGUU